CCUGAAACAGCUGCCCUGAGUUGACUCAGUUACACGAGCAACGAGUUCAUUGUUUCAAAUGCUGAGGCAAGUAAUGUUUAUCAUUAAAAGCUACAUACAAGGCUGGUUUUCCUAUAUCAAUAAAAGGCAUGGAACCCUGUGAAAAUUGGACAUCUACAGCUUUGAGCAACUGGUUAACCCACAUUGGAAUCCAUCAGAUUGCUGACAUGCUCCGAAGUGAAGAAAAUAUUCCCGCAGAACCGGUGUCUGCUCAGAUGGAUGACAAUGAUAUAGCCUUUAGGUCAUCCCAGUCGGUUACCCUUUCCAGCUCUUCUCGGAAUUCGGAGGGAAAUUGGAAGUUACGUGGAUUGUCUACAAAUUACAAUUUCCAGCAAACAUUGAGAAACUCAUUUUUGGAGGAGGCAGCUGAAGAUCUCCGAGAUGAAUGUUAUGCAGUUUCUCCACUAUGUUUGUUAGAACAAAGUGAAUAUCUGUAUGAACAAGGAUUUUAUGGGGAACAUGAACUGUAUCACAAGCAUUUCCCAUUAAAUACAGAAGAUUUUAAUGCGACGGAAGAAGGUAAAGAGAUACUUUUCAACCAACCCCCUCAGAACCUCAUUGGGACUCCAAAAUUUGAAAUGAGAGGUUCAGAGGAAGUGUCAACGGGAACAGUUUUGCAGCGCCUAAUUCAAGAGCAUUUAAGAUAUGGAAAUCCAAAUGAGAACAUGAACCUGCUGGCAAUACAGCAGCAAGCCACAGGGAGCACCGGCCCAACUAACAGUAGUGGGAGCACACACUCUUCCUCAGAGAACCUUACACAGGAAGAUCCCCAAAUGGUCUAUCAGUCAGCACGUCAAGAACCUCAAGGGCAAGAACAUCAGGUGGAUAACAGUGUGAUGGAGAAGCAGGCACGUGUCACUCUAGCCCAACAGAAUAUUGAAGAACUACCAACCUAUGAGGAAGCCAAAGCACAAUCUCAAUUCUUCAGAGGGCAGCAGCAAGCAUCGGUUGGCUCUAAUUUCUAUGUUGCAGGGAUCACUAAUCAAAAAACAAAAACUGAGGGGAGACCUACAGUUAACCGAGUAAGCUCUGGGCAGAUACACAAAGAUGAGGCAUUAAAAGAACUUAAACAAGGUCAUGUUCGUUCGCUUAGUGAGCGUUUAAUGCAACUGUCUCUAGAAAGGAAUGGUGUAAAGUCACAUCUUCCUGCCUCAAAAAACAAUCUCCUUUCCCAACAAACCAAUAAUCCCUUCAAGAAUGGAGGACAACAAUCUACUCAAACCCUGACAAAGGGUGUGGACCCAAGAGGUCCUCCUCCAGAAUACCCUUUUAAAACCAAACAAAUGUUGCCACGACUUAACCAAUCUCAUGAGCUUGCGAACUUUUACAAUGAUUCGCACUCUCCAAAUCCUCAGGAAUUGCUUCAACCAUAUCCUGGAACUCUGGCAAUUAAACAAGAAGCAACAAUCCUAAGAUAUCAAUCACCGCCAGAAUAUGGAUCGAACAGGCAAUGCCAAACAUUUUUUCAGUCAUUGCCAUCAGAGGAUCACAGUCCUAUGUCUUCCCAGAGCUCCAUGGAAAAGAAUCAGUUCCAACUUGCACUUUUGCAGUCAGCUCCUCCUCAGCUCCAACCAGAUCCUGUGUCAAACCAGCAACUUUCAGUUGAUGCAGUUGCAAUUGUGGCACGGGCUCAGCAGAUGGUGGAGAUAUUAUCAGAAGAAAAUCGUGCCCUUCGCCAAGAACUAGAGGGCUUCUGUGAAAAAAGUGCAAAACUCCAAAAGUUUGAAAUGGAAAUUUGGCGAAUCUCAGAAGCCCAUGAAAACUUGGUGAAGUCCACUACCAAACGAGAGACAUUGGAUAAAGCCUUGAGGAAUAAAUUGGAAGGCGAAAUACGAAGACUAUAUGACUUCAAUAGGGACCUUAGAGAUCGCUUAGAGACUGCCAACAAGCAACUGGUAAGCAAAGAGUGCGAUAGUACUGAAGAUAACAUGCCAGCAGAGGGCCAUUAUACAAUACAAUACAAAGAGCACUUGAAGGAAGGGGAAAAGUUGGAAAUGGAACUGGCCACUAUGCGUUCAGCAAAUGAGGAUCAGCAGAGGCGCAUUGAAAUCUUGGAUCAGGCAUUGAACAAUACUCAAGCCAAGGUGGUCAGGUUGGAGCAGGAGUUGAGGAAGAAACAAGUGUAUGUGGACAGGGUAGAGCGACUGCAACAGGCCUUAACGCAGCUGCAAGCAGCCUGUGAAAAGCGGGAGCAGAUGGAACGGAGGCUACGCAUUCGGCUGGAACGAGAGCUAGAAUCUCUUCGAGUACAACAGCGACAUGGAGGCCCUUUAUUGGCUAAUGUUCCACAACAUAAUAUACCAGGAUUGAUGGAGUUAUUACGGGAAAAGGAAGAACGAAUCUUGGCCCUAGAGGCUGACAUGACAAAGUGGGAGCAGAAGUAUUUGGAAGAAAGGGCAAUGCGUCAUUUUGCCAUGGAUGCUGCUGCUACAGCUGCUGCUCAGAGGGACACCAGUAUAAUAAAUCAUUCUCCAAAUAACAGCUACAAUGACAGUUCACUGGAAGUACGAAACUGGAAUGAGGAACAGGAGAAUGUGCAGUCAAUUCAAAGAUACCAAAACACAGAGCAAGGGGUAGGAGAGGUUACAGGCUUCAACUGCAUUUCUAACAGAAUAAAAAACCUUCAUGCGCAGCUUAUAGAGAAGGAUGCCAUGAUAAAAGUACUCCAACAACGUUCUCGAAAGGAACCAGGAAAAUCUGAGCCUGGAUCCCUGAGGCCAGGAAAAUUAGUUUCAUCUGUACAUGGAGACAUGGUACUGCAUUCUUGCCAGGCGUCCCUGAGUAAUGAUGCAAAAAAGGAGGAUAAGAAUUGGAAGGGAAGUGUAGGCUUGCUUCAAAUUAAAGACAAUCAAGAAAAUUAUUUGCAUACCUCACUUCAAAUGACUGCAACUUCGCUCCCAGUGGUCUCCACACAUACUAAAACUGGCAGUAAGGAUAGCAGUACACAGACAGAUAAAAGUCCUGAACUCGUCCGUCCAAGUAGUGCCCCAAUCCAUGGAAGGCGAAGGCUCAGCACAACCCCCUUUAGCAGCCCCAUUGUGAGACCAAAAUCAGCACGAAGCAGCACAGAAAAAUUAGGGGAUGCUUCCAUCAUUAAUAUCAAAUCACAUGACAGCAAAGGAAGAGGCAACUAUCCCUACCACAAACCUGACUUUGACGAUGAUGUGGUGGAAAUCCUCAUUUAACAACUGGAAGUUGCGGCUGUACACUCCAUGGAGGAUCAAAGCUUGCACUAAAAGCUGGAGAAUCAAGUGUAUGGAUCUUCAGAAGUUGAGGACUUUUUUGAAUAAGGCAGAAACUGUUUGGAAGUAGAUUUGUUUCCAAGGGAUUACGAGAAGGAUUUUGUAUCUAGACAUAUGCGAUGUGGAACACGAUAUUAGAUAAGUUGGGAAUGUAAAGAGGAAGAUGAAUAGAUGAGAGUAAAAGGAUAUGGUGGAUAUUUUAUUUGGAAUGUAUUUGACAUCCUGUAAUCUUUAAAGGUAUGAGCAAAGAGUACAUUAUUUUCAAUACCCUAACUCAUAAUGAUCUAUCUAUGCAUUAUUUUCAAUUCAUAUAGAAGUGGGUCAGUGUUCUUUUGUCUCUUUUGCACUUCUGCUGAAAACAAUGAUCAUGUGUACAGUAUAAAGUAGGAUCUUAUUGCCUUUCAAUAUUCAAUUGGAAUAUAAAUAGGCAGAUGAAUAAAUAACAUUCUGCCACUAUUACAUAUAUCUCCUACUCUACUUGAGAAUUUUGCUGGUGUAAUACUAGAAGUAUGUCACAAAACGUUGAGUCCUGCUUUCUGUGAAUUCUAAACUUAGCAUAUAAACAUCAAUUUGAGAAAAGGUCACUACUGCAAUAAUGGAUAAUGUGGUAUUUUAAAAGCAGAUGUUUUGGGAUACCCUAUAGCCUCAUAUUGUAUCUGUAGUAAUUCUUUCUUAAACGUAAUAAGCCAUAAUUAAAACAAAAAUAGAGAUAAUGAAUAUUUAGGGCAACAGAACUUGAAGCAGGGCCACAUGUUUCUCAUUAGCAUUGAACAUCACUAUAUGACCUGAUGACCACCAUGGGUUCACAGAUUACAACAGUAUUUAUUCCGUGAUAUAAAUAAUGAUCAAUCUCACUAAUUCUGGUUAAGUAAAUAUUAUCUGUACAAACACUGGAUUGCUUUAGACAAUGAUGGUACUUGUAAUUAUGAAUCUAGAUAAUUACUGAUAACAGUAAAAAUCAAGAUUGUUUUCUGUUAUACUAUCGAGCAGUUAAAGUGUUUGUAAUGACAGUUAAAGCAAUAUUGUUGGUUACAUUUUCCCACGACCCAGUUACUCAUGUUUGGCAUAAAAAUAGAUGCUUAUAUUUAUAAUAAACUUCAGGCCAAAUUGAACCAGCUUUCUGCAGUGAAGUGGUUCAACCUGAAAAAUAUAAGCGCCAGAGUUUUUGUUAGAAUUCAGAAUUACAAUACUUAACAGAUAAUAUGGCGAUUUACAAAGUAUGGUUAGAUGUUCUCUAGCUCAGAUUGCAUCAAUUUGUUUUUUCUAUUCCUGUAAUCUGGGCAAAAUGUUCUAACACCUAUCCCAAAUCUAUGCUUGUAUGGAGCAUGAUGAACGCCCACCUGGUGAAAUACUGCCUGCUUUGUCACAGUAAUUGAUGCUAUUCCUGAUCUAGUGGAGCAGAAAAUCAGCUAAAACAAAUUAUGUGGCCUGAUCUAACUGCAUCUAUCUAAACAGUAGUAGAGUCUCAAAAUGUAGACCCUACAAGAUUAAACAAUUUCUUAGUUUGCAGAAAAAAAAUGUUGUUGUAGAACUAAUGCUCCAAUAAGUUUUAUGGCCAGUAUCAUUAUUUAGUUAAAAGUACAGAUUUGCAUUUUAGUCUGGAGCAUCAAUAUAUCGAUUUGUAUCACUUUAUUGAAACAAAAGAAAUCAUUGCUUGAU